UCCCUUUCGUCUCUCGAGGCUCAUGUUGCCGCUUUUAUGUGUCGUCGGCUCUAGGCACAGAACAAUCGUGUUUUAGAUCCGAUAUUCCGACCGCCCUAUCGAUUGUAUUUCACCGUCUGAUUAUUCCAUUUUCGCAUCGAUUAACAAGUAUAGACCCUCAGACAAACCCUAGGACGCAGCAGCUUAAUCUCCAGCGACGAUGGGAGACUACAGCGAUGCCUUAAUGCGUAACCAGAACGCCGCCGUUCAGGCUCGCACAAAGGCUCAGAAUCGUGCCAAUGUUAUGCAACUCAAGCUGAUUGGUCAAAGUCAUCCAACAGGUUUAACAACCAAUCUUCUGAAGUUGUUUGAACCCCGACCUCCUUUGGAAUAUAAGCCGCCUCCAGAGAAGAGAAAAUGCCCUCCAUAUACAGGUAUGGCACAAUUUGUUAGUAAUUUUGCUCAACCUGGAGAUGCUGAAUAUGCUCCACCUGUUCAGAAGGCUGAAACUCCUGUAGAAAGAAGGGCCAGGAUCCACAAAAUUCGACUCGAGGAGGGCACAAAAAAAGCUGCUGAGGAGCUUGAGAAAUAUGACCCAAAUAAUGACCCCAAUAUUUCUGGAGAUCCGUAUAAAACACUGUUUGUGGCUAGGCUUAAUUAUGAGACAACUGAGAGCAGAAUCAAAAGGGAGUUUGAGGCUUAUGGUGCUAUCAAGCGGGUUCGCUUAGUAACGGAUAAAUCGACAAAUAAACCAAGAGGCUAUGCUUUCAUUGAAUAUGUUCACACCCGUGAUAUGAAAGCUGCAUAUAAACAAGCUGAUGGUAAGAAAAUUGAUAACCGGAGGGUGCUUGUUGAUGUUGAACGUGGAAGGACUGUUCCGAAUUGGCGACCCCGUAGGCUGGGUGGUGGCCUUGGAACAACUAGAGUUGGAGGUGAAGAACUCAAUCAGAGGUACUCUGGGAGAGAGCAAGUACAACCUGGAGGGGCAUCUCAUUCUGAGGAACCAAGAAUGCGGGAUGAUCGAGAUCGGGAGAGGGAGAAGUCCCGUGAAAGGGUCAGGGAUAGGGAAAGAGAACGAGAAAGGUCUCAGGAGCGCUCUCAAGACAGAACAAGAGAUCGUGAGCACCGAGAGGAUAGGCACCAUAGAGAUCGUGAAAGAAACAGAGAUAGGGACAAGGAGAGAGACCGUGGUCGUGACCGUGACCGUGAUCGAGAUCGAACACGUGAUCGCGAUCGCGGUCGGGACCGUGGUCGUGAUUAUGAACGUGAUGGAGACAGAUCUCGUGAUCGAGAACGUGAUCGCAAUCGUGAGAGGGAGAGGGAUAGAGACCGGGAUUAUGAAGUUGGUGAUGCUGACAAUGAUCGUGGUCGUUCUCAUGAUAGAGAGUAUGACUAUGACAAAGUUGAAGCUAAGCAUGACCGAGAGCGGCAUGGCGAAAGAGAGAGAAACUAUGAUCAUGCGGAGCAGGAGGAUGAUCGUGGAUGGUAUGAACAAUCAGAUCAUGGGCGUAAGCGUCCAGAAGGGGAGCAUGACCAUGGACACUAUGACUAUUAUGAUCACUAUCAAGGUCAGGGACAGUAUGAUAAUCAAGGUGCCCAGGGUGAUGAUGACCGUUAUCAAGAUUCUGACCGAUAUCAUGACAGAUAUGAUCAGAUGGAUGAGGACAACUAUGGUUAUGAGCGAACAACAUCUGAGCCACAAGAGAAAGACCGAGAUUAUCAGCGUUCUGAUAGGUCGCUCUCUCACUCGCUCUCUCAGGAUUACUAGUACUAAUUACCAAUGCAAUGGUACUUGCGAGUUUCUUGUGCUUCGCUGGUAAGGUUAAUGAGGUCAUAGUGUGCUUGUUGCUCUACAAUAAAAUUCUGAUGCUUUAAUUUGCUUGUUUCUGCAGCUAUUUUCCCCUGAAUAUUGAAUCUUUUGGUUGAUAAUCGGUUGGCUCAACACAAUCAUAAGGGUCUGAUUUAGAAGUUCUGUACCGAGUGCGAAUUGUUUUAAGUUUUUGUGUUUUGUGUGUUUUUUCUGUUUAUUGGAAGGAAAUUGUGCAUGUCAAGAACUUUUGUAUACACUCUAGCACUUGACUAUUUGCCUGGAUUCAGUCAUUAUAUGAGAUCUGCUAGUCUUGAAAUUGCUAUUGAUAA